AUGUUACCCUAUUUUUUAGUGCCUUCAACGGAAACAACGAUUUCAUCAACAACAACGAUAACGAUAUCUUCAUCAACAACAAUAACAACUACAACAUCAUCAUCAUCAUCAUCAUCAACAACAACAACAACAUCAUCAUCAUCGACAACAACAACAACAUCAUCAUCAUCGACAACAACAACAACAACAACGACACUAAACCCACAAAACAACAUGACAUUUACGGCGCAAAAACCAAUUUCCUGUCCUGGAGGUCCGUGGAGUGUGGUUGUUCGUGAUGUUAAUAACGACAGCACACCGGAUAUUAUUAUCGCAAACAUUGAUAAUAACACUAUCCUUAUACUCUUUAACUCGGGCAACGGCACAUUCCCUGUACAAAAAACUUACUCAACUGGCGCCAACCCUUAUAGCGUGGUAGUUAUUGAUAUUAAUAAUGAUAGCAAGCCCGACAUUAUUUACUCAAACAGUGGAGGUGACAGCAUUGGUUUUCUCCUUAACAAGGGUAACGGCUCAUUUGGUCUACAAACAACUUAUUCAACUGGUUUGGAUUCGCAGCCCCGUGGUGUUAAAGGCAACGGGACAUUUGCUACACUAAAAACAUAUCCAACGGGUGCCUACCCGUAUGGUUUAUCAGUUGCUGAUGUUAAUAAUGACAACAAACCCGACAUUGUUGUUGGAAUCUAUUUUGAUGACAUGGUUGGAGUUCUGCUCAACAAAGGCAACGGUACAUAUACUGCACAAACAAGUUAUCCAGCUGGUAUCAAUCCCCGCGAUGUGAAAGUGAUUGAUGUCAACGGCGAUAACAAAUCCGAUAUUAUUGUCGCAAACAAUGGUAGCAAUACCGUCGGUGUUUUCCUCAAUAAAGGUAACGGCACAUUUGCUGCACAAAUAAGUUACUCAACUGGCUUUAUGCCGUACAGCGUCUCAGUAGUUGAUAUUAAUGGUGACAGUAAACCCGAUAUUAUUGUCCCAAAUUAUGGUGAUAAUAAUGUCGGUGUUCUUCUCAACAUAGGCAACGGCACAUUUGCAGCACAAAUAACUUACUUAACUGGCACCGGUCCUCGCGGUGUAGCCGUUUUUGAUGUCAAUGCUGACAGUAGACCUGACAUUAUUGUUACAAACUAUGACAAUAAAACCGUCAGUGUUCUCUUGUCUUAA